AUGACUGUUAAUAUCGCAACACCUACUCUCACAAAAUAUGAACAAUUAUAUUCUAAGUAUUCACAAACUCUUAUAUGUCCAUGUAAAAAUAUAUCAACCAACUAUGAAAAAUUUCUUUCUAUUGAAUAUACACUUCACCAAGUGUGCACCAGUUUUUUUAUCACCGACGAUUGGAUUUCAUAUAUUGCUAUAGGUACUACAGGUUAUUUGGUUACCGGCGACUUUCGAGUAACAGGGCCAUAUCAGUUUGAAACUUUACGUGCAUUUUGUGAGCUAAUUAAUAGUACGAUGUCUUAUAGUUUGAUUCAGUUUAAUUCAACUCAAUAUAUUACUGCCUCUGUUACACCAUUACAAUUAUUUCAGUCACAAGCUCAAUCAUUCAUUGAUCAGUUUAAAUUAUCAACAACAAAUAAUUUUUUAUUAUCUCUUAAUAUGAGCAGAAAGACCAUUCAAGGGAAUGUUUUACUUUCUGGUAGGCAAACAAAUUACAAACUAAACAAAGUAAACAAAACGUCUAUUUUAUUCACAACUAGUCGAGUUUACGACAACUGCAUUUGUGCUUUAUCAAACACAUGUAUAGAUAAUUCUUCCCUUUUUAAUGGUCCUAAUCCUUACAGAAUUUUCAAUGUAACAGGUUUCUAUGUAGGAUGUUAUACGACUGAAGCAUUGCUUCGAUCUACUCUCGAGUGCUUUUAUAACCAAACCUGUAUAGAUCAAUUACAAAUUUAUUUGUUACCACCUGUUCUGAAGAAUGUGACAGCUCUUGAUUCAUCUUUACCAAGUCAAUAUUCUGAAAACUCAACAAUUGAAUAUCUUCUUAAUAAUUUAAUGAUUGAAGAAUGGAAUUCAACACAAAUGUAUGAUCGAUAUUAUGAUGAAUGUCAACCUAAAGAAUGCACUUAUACUAUUAAUACAAGAAAUAAUAUACUUUAUGUUAUCACGACAUUAAUUGGUAUAAUUGGUGGAUUGACAAGAGUUUCAAAAAUUCUCGUACCAAUAUCAGUUAAAAUCAUCGUAUAUUGCUUUCGGAAAUGGAGAAACAGCGUUGUUCCACAAAUAUCAAUUAUUCAAACAUGA